UUUUUUUCUUGAAGUAUUUUAUACUUAGACAUUUCUCUUCUAAAUGUACUGUAUACAUUAUAGGUGAAAGUCCCCUUUAAGUUAUGUUAAAUAAUUUAAAUUUUAUACUGUGAAAUAGAUAGAUACUGCUAAAUUUUCACUUUCAAAUACAAAUUUCCAAUAGUAUGAUCAGCUAUUGAUUUUUUAUACUAGUUUAUAUAACAGCGAGUUUCUAUUGGAUGAUAAUAAGUAAAAUAAUGAUGAAUAGUAAUCAAUGUUUUAUAUACUAAGGAAAUGAAGUUAGAAUGCAGAAUUCAGUGGAAAUUUCCUGUCAACUGACCUCCUACAGUCUGACCCUGACCAUAUAUCAUAUCUUAUAGCGCUGAGUUUCCUGUUACAUUUCUCCAAUAUGGUAAUGUUCUAACAAAUGAUAAAUGAAUGAGAACAAUGACCUUCUAUUUAAUUGUUCAAAACUAUCGUUUUAAUAUAGAAAUUUCAAAUAAUUUUGUUUAAAAUGAUUAUGAGUAACAUUGUAUUCUCCAUAUUGAAAUAAUUAUGGGAAGAAAGCUAACCUCCUUUAAAUUAAUGCUGAAGCAAAUCAAAUAUAUUUGUUUUUCUUCCAAAAAAAUGGGGGAAAAACAGUGAUAAAUACUGAUUUUUAAAGAAUUGGACAUUUUUAUUUACUUAUUUUAUCGAUUGUUAGUCUCGCCUGGAUUGGUUGGAUGCAUUAGAAAAGAGUUAUUCCUCACCUGCAGCAUCUCCAGAAGCAAUUAAAUUUUCUGAAGCAGCUAAUUUUACCGAUCUUUCUUCGGGAUCUCCAAUAUGGCAAAAUUUGCAAUUACCUUCACCACUUCAUCCGCCAUCUUCAACUCCAACACCUCCUUGGAAAUAUCCACGACAGAAAAUGUUUUAAUUAGAAAUUUUUACUCUUUAUAUCGAUUGAUACUGCGAUUUCCUGUUGAGAGAAUAUCGAAGAAAAAUAUUUUGUCUCCAAACCGAUUUGUUCUAUCUUAUUCGAAGAACAUGAAUUGUGGAAUAGUUACGUAUUCAAUUAUUCUAAUAGGGAUAUUACUUUUCUUUACUUACGUGGAAUCAAUUAUUCUAAACCCUGUUCGAUCUACUUGCUCAUACAAAUCUCUCAACGUGAAGAAUGGACGUUAUAAAAUAAAAGGAAGAGGGAGACUUGUAAGAUUUUCUUGCAAUUAUGGUUACAAAUUAUACGGUAAAUCUUACAUAAUGUGCAUUAUCGGUAAAUGGAAUUUUCCACCUCCAAAAUGUGUCAGAGACGGAUGUUCGGAUUUAAUUCCUCCAAUGCAUGGUACUCUAAUAGAAAAAUAUGAAGGGGCUGUUGCAACUUAUGAAUGCGAUCCAGGUUAUUCACUAAAUGGAUCUUCCACAAUAUAUUGCGAUGGAAUUAAGUGGAACCAUACAAUACCAAAUUGUGUAGUUACUACAGAUGAUCCUUUGACAUUUUGUGAUUUCGAAAAAUCUGAUUUGUGCGGUUGGACGCACGAUCCUAGUGGAGAUUUCUAUUGGAGUAGACAUCAAUUUGCAACUCCUUCAGGCCACGUAGGAACAGGUCCUAAUCACGAUCAUACUAAGGGAGCUGGAAAAGCCGGAUAUUAUAUGUAUAUCGAAGCUUCGAGUCCUCGAAAAAUUAAUGAUACUGCAAGAUUAUUUUCUCCAGUUUAUUCGCCUAAUUUAUCUACAUCAUGUUUCACCUUUUGGUAUCAUAUGUAUGGAACUACUAUAGGUUCUCUACUCGUUUAUGUCAAGACUGAAACUGAUAAUCUCCCAAGUCUUCAUCCAGUUUGGCAAAAAAAUGGCGAUCAAGGAAAUGUCUGGCUUAAGGCCACGAUACCUAUUCAUCCUCUACACGAUAAAUUUCAGAUCGUUAUAGAAGGUGUUAGAGGCGAAACUUACAUAGGUGAUAUAGCAAUUGAUGACGUCCAUUUGCAAUUUGAAAGCUGUCAAGAUAAUAAUAUCACUUCUUCCUGUAAGGGUAGAUGUGGUCAAAAUGAUGGAGCAGCUAUUUGUAAUUGUACUUACGAAUGCAUAGAAACGUUAAGCUGUUGUGACGACUACUUUAUCUGCAUUCUUGAAAAACAAAAUGUUACUGCUGCUGUCACUACGACUAGUAGUACUACCACCAUCUUCAGUACUACUAAAACUACGGUUUCAAGUACAAAAUUAUCGAAAGAAACAACUUUCAGCCAAACCAGCAAUACAACUUCAGCUAUUGAUGAGGUCAUGACUUUAGUGUACGCAAAUACUGAUGACGUAAGCGUUGCAACUACCAAUGGCGAGCGUGCAUCCACGGAGAUCAGGUCAUCGUCUGAAGACAAAACAACCGAACGACCAAUCACGUUGCUCUCUACCGAAGCCGUGACGAAUACGCAAACUCGAGUGACGUUAUCGAAUGAUGUGUACCUUACAGAGAAGCCAACCCGCUAUCCAAGAACGAGGUGGUGGAUUAAAAAAAAUAGACCAAGUAGUUUAAAGAGAAGUGCUUUUCAAAAGCCGUUAGUGGAUUAUGUAGCAGUUGGAAGUUUUAUAGGAGUAUUAAUUUUAAUUAGCGCACUUAUAAUUAUGAUUUAUUUUUGGAGAAGGCGUCACAAAAAACUAACCGAAGAUUCCGAUUUGAGAUACUUACCGGAUAACGAAAUCAUUGAAUAUUGUGAAGAUAGAAAGCAUAACAUUGAUACGAUUUGAACAGGCUUUUUCGAUUGAAAAAAAAAGCAUUUUUAAUUAUAUUUAUCUUAGAAUUUUGAAAGAAAUUUUUGUUUUUCUACAUCUUAUUAAAGUAACGUUAGUUUAUAUUUAAAAUACUUCAGUAUCUUACACAAUAGCCUAUGUAAAUAAACGCUUACUAAUAAAAGAAAAAAAAAAAAAAGUCAUAUUAUACAUAUAGCAAACGUGGCUUAAAUUUAAUGACUUCGUGACCGUCUUUUCGUUUUUUUUUUUUUAUAUGUGAUUUAUUCACGUGAUGCCAGGCAUUUAUCUUAUGUAAAUUCAUCUGAAAGCUUAGAUUCUUUCGAGAAAAGUUCUUCGGCAAGACUUACGAGUUCAAUUCUGCAUCGGGAAAUUGUUUUACCUAACUUUUGAAAUGGAAAAAUAGUAUUAAAUUGUCAGAAUAUUAAAUUUCUAACCCCGGGCGAUCAUCUGGAAAUUUCUUAAAAGUUACAAGCUAAUUUUAAGAUUUGGAAGGGGAAAAGGGGAAAAAAUAGAAUCGAUCGAUAUUUACGAAAGCUUUUGAUGAUUGUAAAUUAUAUUAAACUCGAAUACAUUUUGUGUUGAUCAAAAUCAAAUGAAAUAAAACAGAUCCACGUCUUUAGUAGUGGGUGGGGUAAGUGGUCACAGGUGUGGUCCUUCUGCGGUGAUAUAUUAGACACACCUAGAUCAACUCUAGUGUAUGAAUAGUACAUCGGUAUUAGGUUUGCUAGAGGCUAUCUUUUAACGAUAAUUAUUGUAUCUCUAGUAGUGUGUAGCUAUUGACAUAGUGCGUUUGUCCUUCAAGGGCGGUCAUCUUCAUCACUAAAUUAAACUCUUACAAAGAGUAAAAUGUCAUUGAGAAAUGUGACAGUUAAUGAAAGUAAAAAUAAUAUAAAAAAAGCUAACUCCAAUCUAAUUAAUACAUUUCAUUGAAAUUCGUGUCUAAAAUAUCAAUUUUGCUCCUCUCAGGUUGUAUUA